GUUUAUCUCAUAAGGAUAAACCAGGUUAUUUAGUGCAGUAAUUACUGGUGCAUAAUUUUAUUGGGCAAAGGGCAGUAACUCUUAUAAGUAAAUCAAUGGUGGUUUCCCUGUGGUGUACCCCUUUUUCUAUGACGUGAUCAUGCGCAAACUUGUCUUUGAUUUGGUGAGCAUGCGCUUUCAACUCUUCCUUUUUCUUCAUCAACCCUCAGAGCAGAACACACGAAAUUUUUGUGUCCGUCAAAUUUUGUUUAAAUCGACAUCCAUCAUUGGCAUCGAUAAAAUAAACUGGAAAGAUGUUGCGAGCUCCCAGAAAAUCGAAGUCCAAGAGUCCAUAUGCCCGUACUAGCGGUCAAGCUGCUGCAGCCAUCUCCACUGCGGUUAGGACCACGCCACGAACCCAGGCGGCCAUUACACGGACUAGGCCUCAAGGCACUACAGCUACGUCAACCGUUUCGGCGACGGCGACGCUACCUCAGGUUUCUACUUUAACCACCGGUAUUCCUGUUAGCAGCAUGAUGGAACAAGCCUUGCAGACCCAGCCAAGUCAGCAGGACGUGGUUAACGAACAGGGGACUGGGAGCACAACUGACCCAGGGGUCAUUUGGAUUAUAGGAUCUUCAAUUGUACAUUGGGCACAUAGCUAUGCAGUCAAAUCUAAUCAGUCAGACCUGGGAUUAGGCCAAACGAAAACAUUGUGGCAUGGAAUUCGUGGAAUGGUAUGGGAGCAAUUAAACCCAACAUUAGACUUUUUAUUAGUUAGUAACAGAACUCCAGAUAUCAUUAUUAUUCACUGUGGGGGGAACAACAUUGGACAACAGCAUAACACUUUAAGAGGUAUACAAAUGAUGAUAAAGGCUAAUUUAGCAAAAGUAAAAGAACGAUUACCAAAUUGCAUUAUUAUUUGGUCUCAUAUCUUGCAACGUAGAAACUGGUCAAAUGUUGUAGCUAACACUGAAGGAGAAAAAUGUAGGCGGAGAAUCAAUAGUUCAGUAGCAUCUUUUGUAUUAAAUAAAUUAAAUGGAGCAGCUAUUAAGUACCCAGAUAUAACUGCAAAUCAAAGAAAUUUAUUCCGCUCAGAUGGUGUUCACAUGACAGAUUUAGGCAAUGAUUUGUUUAUUAAUACUGUAAAGGGUGCAUUGAAACAAUUUUUAUCUUGUAAAUUUCAAAACAGGACCUUUCCUUGAAAUGGUUGUGCUUGUCAUGGUUAGGUGUAUAUCGAUAUAUGUGUUGUCAUAUAAUUUGAUUGAAUUAUUUUCAAUUUGAUCAUGAGCGCAUCUGUCGCAAUUUUUAUUAUUUUGAAUUUUAUCAUGAGCGCAUCUGACGCAAUUUUAUCAUGAGCGCAUCUGACGCAAUUUUACCAUGAGCGCAUCUGACGCAAUUUUAUAUUAAAUUUUGAAUGUUGGUGAAUUUCACCUCUUUGUGCGCAUUUUGUGCUAAUACUUUGAUUGUUUUGAAUAUUUCAAUCUGUUGAAGGGGCAAAAUUGCCGCCUUGUUUUAUGGCGGAUGG